CACAGUAAUUCUUCAUUUUAUAUAACGGACAAGAAAUACAGUUGCAAUAUAUAUGUGGCAUGAUUGGUGCCGUAUGGCCUGUGUAUGGGAACGGGCUUGGCAGAGUCAGCGGGGAAAGUUGAACUUUGAAGCUUUCUACUCUAAAGGCGUUGCCUUUUAUGGAUGGUGCGGCAUUUCGCGGUUGAAUGUGCUCCUUCAACUGCUCCUGCUUCUGUUCUUCCGCAGUGCCCUCACCUUUCUCCCCCGUUCUUCCCAGAUUUUAUGGAUACCGAAGGCUCUGUCAGCUCUAGCAUUUGGAAAGGGAAAGCCAAGGCUACAGACUUGGAUUAUGAAGACAUCAAUUCUCCGAUAACAUACCGACAUCUCUUGUCUAAC